AAUUGCACACUAUUACUUGCUUGUUCAAGCAGACGUUUUAAACGUAUUUUAUUUAUAAAUUAGUUUUCUGUUUCCACUUUCCUGUUCUAAGGUUUUGGCUUGUUUGAUAAUUAAUUAUUUUACAACAGUUAUAUUCUAUUUAUAACAUCAAGAGUUAAAUAAAUAACAAUAAAAAUCUUUAUGAUUAACCUUUCAUGUAAAUCAGGUUAAAUAGGGAAAACUGAACUCUAAUGAAAGAAAAAACAAAACAUACAGUAGUGCCAACAUUGAAUUCUUUUCCAUAAAUGGCGGAUCUCAAAAUUCUGUAACAAAAGCGUACCGAUAUUUUCUGUGUUAAAAACGUUAAGAGUGCAAAUAAAAUGAUGGAAAUCACACGUACUACAUUGGGGAUCGCUGUUGGAAUAGCGGGAACAUUGUUUUUAGGAUACUGUGUGUAUUUCGAUCAGCAGCGACGUAAGGAUCCUCUGUUCAAAAAGAAGCUCAGAGAACGUAGACAGAAGGCACAACAGAAUGCUUCCCGUUCACGCACACUCGGUGGUCCCUUGCCAGACAUGAGCGACCAUGAAGCCAUGCAGAGAUUCUUCCUGCAACAGAUCCAGCUUGGUGAGGAGCUGCUGGCGGCGGGUGACUUAGAGGCGGGCGUGGAGCAUCUUGGCCAGGCGGUCGCCGUCUGCGGCCAAACACAACAGUUGUUAAGUGUGCUGCAGCAAACGAUGCCGGCACCAAUCUUCCACCUGUUACUGAAGAAGCUUCCGGAGGUCUCGGAGCGGCUCCGAGCCUCCAUGAAGGCAAGCGGUAACAUCAUGCAGGAGGAAGACGUGGAAUAGCAGACAUUCAUCACGCCGUCCACACCAGCACGGAGUACCUUCAAUAGAAGCCCCGCUGUUAACUUUAGAUUCAGAUAGGCUACUACUCUGGGAGGCAGGCAAUUGCUUUAUUCUCCUGGCUUUAAAAUAUCACCUGACUACAAUGAAGCCUUGAUGUCUAGGCAGCUAUUAUACUUGUAGCGACUUUGACGGUUUUUGGUCAUUAAAUCUUAAAGUCCAGGGUUUUGAUCCAGGGCAUUGGCUUUGUCUGCCUCUUUUGCCAUAGCAUAAGGAUAAGUUUUAAAUUUAUUAGUUCGGUUUCAGUGGACCGAUAUUAAUUCGCUACUUGGAUGCACAAGUAGGUACAUUAGUAUAAUGCUGAUUAUUGGACGGCGCAUAUUGAAGGUAACUCUUUGGAAUUUUCUUCAUCUAUAUAUACCUACAAGUUCGCAGUUUGGGUUGUGCUAAACCAAUUAGAUACCAAAUAAAAAUUUCAUAAUGUUACUAAUUUAAAUCUUGUUUUGUUUUCAAUUCUGAAGUGCAUUGGGCUGUGAUACGAAAAUGCGCUGGAUCCGCCAUUAGUGAACGCGGCGUUAGUUGAUUAAUGUAGGUAUCUUGUUAGCGUAUUUUAGGUUUUGUUUUGUGUUCACAACUGGUUAAGUAUGCUUGUGAGUUUUGAUUGAGAUUUUAUUGUGGAAUAAAGUAUUGUACAAUU